AAAUUUUUGGGGCAAUAUGAUAAAAUUAAUAUUAUACGAUAAGUAAGAAUAUUUUUAUUGAAAAGUUUACUAGUUUUGAUGCAGAUUGUUGAGGGAUUAUCUGGCUUAAACGCUCACACCUAUUCACUCUUGACGCUAAAAACGUGAUUAUCGACACUGUUCUGGAUUUACGUUUCAACAUCCAUUACCUUUUCAAGUACCGAUAAUAUACUGGUAUUAUACUAACUCCGUUAGUUGUGGUUGUGACGGUAAUUAAAAAUUAUAUUAUACGUAUUGAAAAAAAAUAAUAUUACUCUUAUAUCCCGAUUAUUAUUUUAAUAAAAUAUAAAGUUAAGUCAUUAAAUUAGACUUUAAAUUAAUAUUUAGCUCAUAUAAUCCAAAUCACGUUUAUGUAGGUUAAGUUAAAUACGUACUUUAAUUUAUGACGUUUGCAUUCAGAAUGUAUUCAAAGAUAAAAUAAUACAUAAACAAAAACUAUCUUAAUACCAUGCUAUCGAGUAUUUAAAUAUGAUUAUUCAAUAUUUAAUAAAACUUUGAGACAAAAUAGAUUUUUCCCCAUUUAUGUCUCUAACUACAUUUUUCAACCGAGUGUCAAACCCCGCUAUAUGGUAGGUAUAUAAGUUUAGUGACACAUCAAUCAAUCAGUCAAUCAUGUGGACAUCUAUCGUGUGCUAUUUGGUCUGUGCGCUACAGGUGUCUGCAGCUGUUACCGCUCAAGAAUCAGAUUCAAAAUACUGGAUUGAAAAUGGAAAACGAAUGUUGGAAAAAAAGGCGAAACUUCAACUGCGAACAAACACAGCAAAAAAUGUGAUAAUAUUUCUGGGAGAUGGUAUGUCAUUGACUACAUUGACGGCUGCUCGAAUAUACAAAGGUCAGUUACAGAACACAACUGGUGAAAGCGAACACUUGAGUUUCGAACAGUUUCCGUUCACCGGAAUAUCAAAGACGUAUUGCGUCAACAGUCAAGUAGCCGAUUCAGCAUGCUCCGCUACAGCAUAUUUGUGUGGUGUAAAAACUAAUAAAGGGACAAUUGGAGUAACGUCUAAUGUACUCUUAGGAGACUGUCCAGCAUCGGUGAUCGAAGAGCAUCGCGUGACUUCCAUAAUGCAGUGGGCACAAUGGGCUGGGAAGGCAACCGGAAUCGUGACCACCACCCGGGUUACCAAUGCAUCCCCAGCAGGUGGUUAUGCACAAGCCGCACAUCGGGAAUGGGAAUCUGACAAAGAUAUGAUAAAAGUAUCAGGUGGCCAAACCAAUCUCACAGAUUGUGAAGACAUAGCUAGACAGCUAAUAACAAAAGAUCCGGGUAGAAAUUUCAAGGUUAUCAUGGGUGGCGGUCGUGAUAAUUUUAUGAAACAGGGAUUAAAUUCCACGGGCAAACGCCAAGACGAAGACUUAAUACUCAAUUGGAAGAAUGACAAGAAAACUCGGUUUGGUGAUAAGGUCGCGAAGUACAUAACGACCAGAGAGGAACUAAAAACAACUGAUAUGUCUAAAACUGAUUUUGUACUAGGUCUUUUUCACCGGAGUCACAUGGACUAUAGAUUAAAAUCCAAUUUUGAGACUCAGCCCUCUCUGCAGGAAAUGACCAGGAACGCUAUUCAGCUUCUCCAGAAAGAACCGAACGGCUACGUUCUUUUUGUAGAAGGUGGUCUCAUUGAUAAGGCUCAUCACAAGACGUGGGCGAGAAUCGCUCUCGAUGAAACUUUAGAAUUUUCAAAAGCAGUGUCGGAUGCUGUGGCGUUGACAAGUGAAGACGACACAUUAAUCGUGGUGACUUCAGAUCACGCGCAUACCAUGACGAUGGCUGGUUAUCCUAAACGAAACGAGAAUAUUCUCGGUUUGACAAACUCAAUUGCUAUGGAUAAUAUGACAUACACAACCUUGAGCUACGCAAUCGGUCCAAAAAAAUCCUUCAUAAAUGAUACCACGUGUCAUAGAUUGAACGUCACCAAAGAAGAUUUAAAACAAAUUGACUUUGAAUACCCAAGCCUGGUCGACCGACAAAGCGAUACUCAUGGUGGAGAUGAUGUUAUGGUAUUUGCGAGGGGUCCUAUGUCUCAUUUAUUCACCGGAAACUAUGAGCAAAACCAAAUUGCUCUUGGUAUGGCGAUGGCUGCUGGUAUUUCUACAAACCCUCCCACUUCUAGCACCAGCACCAGUAACGUUGUUCGAUUGCAAUUUGCUGGACAAACAAUUCUUAUCAUAAGCAUGUUAAUAAGUCUUAUGCGAAUUGUAAAGUGUAUAUAAUUAUAUACAUAUAAAGUUUUCGUGCACUAUAAUGGCUAUAAUGACAUUUAUUUUAUCCGACAUUAUAAUUAACAUUUUUUCUUCGAGAAACUUCGAGAAACAAAGUGGUAGACCUUUGUGUUACAAUAACAGAGUUCAUUAUAUUAUAAUAUUAUUUCUAUUUAUAAAUACAUAAUUCUAAGGAAUAGUAAACUUCA